AAAACAAAAUGGGUAUUUAUUGCACGCUUAUAAACGAAUGUAAUUGCGCGCGGAAAAUGUCAACCUCUUGCUCGAAGCACUCACAAUUGUGCCAUUUUUUGCCUCGUCGGUAUUGAAAUAUCUUAUCAAUUACUUUACGGAAACAUUGGAGAAUUAAAUUCUAUUUAUCAGAGAUAAAAAUCAAGCACUAUACACUGAUACUCCUACUUUCUUUUCGACACGUUUCAAUAUAAUUUUACUCGAGUUCUUCUAUUUAUUUUGUGAUACUCUUCGUGUGUAAGAGUUAUCUUUAUUCUGAAAAUAUGUAAAGUAAAUACAAUCGUUUGUGUAUGUUUUAUUAUUGAGGAGAGAGAUAAAAUAUUAUCAUUGUAACUAUCAAUAUAUUGCCAUAAUCAUGUUCAAUAUAACAAAAUUUUGUACUUUAGCAAUUGGGAAAAAUAAUGCACUGAAAUCUCUAUCAUUUCGGCAUAGUUUAUACACUUAUGCUUCUAAACCAACAAUUAGGGAUAAAGCAUUGUUACUAAUGAAAAGGAACGAUGUUUGUAUUCAAAGGAAUUUACUUAAACAAGGAAAUGUUCUGGCUGUCAGGUUUGCUUCAAAAUCAACCCAAAACUCAGACAAAACUGUAGGAAAAUGGAUGUUGACUUGCAGUGGGAUGGUUUUUGUAGCUGUUGUUCUAGGAGGUGUAACAAGGCUUACAGAAUCUGGCUUAUCAAUGGUUACUUGGAAAUUACUAGGUGAAAAAAUGCCUACUACUGAAACUCAAUGGCACGAUGAAUUCGAACGUUACAAACAGUUUCCUGAAUAUAAGAUAACUAAUCAUGAUAUGACAUUGGGAGAAUUUAAACGUAUUUGGUGGAUGGAAUACUUGCACAGAAUGUGGGGACGUUUAAUAGGUGCAGUAUUUAUAGUGCCAGCAACUUAUUUUUGGGCAAAAAAAAUGCUGACACCAGGAAUGAAAAUCAGAGUAACUGUCCUGGGAUCAUUAAUUGGUUUACAAGGACUUAUGGGUUGGUACAUGGUUAAAUCUGGUUUGGAGGAAGAUCGUUUUGUGGAGCCAUCAGAUGUUCCUCGAGUAUCGCAGUAUCGUUUGGCCGCACAUUUGGGAAUGGCAUUUAUUAUAUAUACAGGAUUUCUAUAUAAUGCCUUAAGCUACUUAGUUCCUGCUAAGAACUUGGAUUUCAUUGCUUUGAACACUCACAUAACUGAUAUUAAACAAAAACUAAAAAGAUUUAGAAUGGUAGUUCAUUCAACAAAAGGAUUAGUGUUCCUUACUGCUUUGUCUGGAGCUUUUGUGGCAGGAAUGGAUGCAGGUCUUAUCUAUAACACAUUUCCGAAAAUGGCAAAUAAAUGGAUACCAGAUGAUAUACUGGCAAUAUCACCUAAAUGGAAAAAUUUUACUGAAAACCCAACUACUCUACAAUUUGAUCAUAGAAUUUUGGGUAUUACUACGUUAUCUUUAAUAACUUAUAUAGGAAUUGUAUCUCGCAGAUAUAAACUUCCUGGCAAUGCAAAGAAAGCUGUUGCUUUGGCUCUUUGCGCUGGUUAUUUGCAAGUUUUACUGGGAAUAACAACAUUAUUAACUCACGUGCCUUUAGCAUUAGCCGCAUUUCAUCAGUCGGGUAGUCUUCUUGUACUAAGCACAAUGAUUUGGUUGUGUCAUGAAUUAAAAUACUUAAAAUAUGUUGUUAAAUGAAACUACAAAGAAACAUUUGGUUAUAAAACGCUGUGAUGUGUAAUCAGUUUAAUACAUUACUAGGAAGUGAUAGGAUAAUUUUAUAAAAGUUUCACAACAUUAUGCUUUAUUUGACAAUGCAUUAAGUUAUAAUAAUCAAUAUUCAUAGAAAUUAAUUUACACAUAUGUAAGUAAUAAUAUACCUACAAUCGAAAUAUCAAAGUUUAAGUAAUUUUUAUAUCAUUUUGUAAGUGUAUUUAAUUUCAUUUUUAUAAAGAACAAAUAAAUACCUAUCCU